CUGUUGAGAGCGAGUAAAAUACAACAUGUUGUCACGCGUACUCGGAUGUCUCACUCAGUUUAUUGUUUUUAAUGGCCAUUUAAUCCAAACUUUUGAGGGAAUUGGAUUUCGAUGACUUUGUGGAAGAGUUUUUCCGAAGGAAAUCAGGAAAGAUACCCAUCAGCUAAGGUAAAACCCGUAUUCCUGUCAGCCUUUGGCUCCUUAAAACUCACUGUUAUUGCUGUCAGACGAAAUUCUGUGAAACUAUACUCUAAUAUGUCAUGUUUAAAUGCUGUGUCUACAACUCUUAAGCAACUGAAAUAAGGUGUUGUGAAAUUUAAUCGUAUCCCAAUUCAGAAAAACGCAAACGCCCUUCUGCAGUGCGCGCGCUCUGAGGGAGUUUAGCGGGAAGCGCGUGCUGUUUUUAUUUCCCAUGUAAAGGGCAGCCUGUACGUUGUAUUUCGUCAGUUUUUUUCUAACGUUGAGACUGAAAACGUUUUUAACAAGUUAACUUAAAUAAAAAGUAAAUAUUGUGUACAUUUUACAUGUUUUUUUAGCGCAAUUGUAAGUCCUGUAUGAUGGUACAGGUGCAACAUCGUUGUCAAAAACAUCAGGGAGCUUUGAGACGUCCAUCAAAAUCAUAAUAAUUCUCUGUGUCCAUAUGAAACUAAAUAUUAGAUUAAUUAUUUAUAGCUCUACUGGUGUUAUAUUUACAUUCAAUAAGUUUAACAUAAAGAAUGAAGUGUUACCAAAUAUAAAUUUUACAGUCAAUAAAACAUGCGCAAAUGCUGCUCCAUGGCACAUUUUUACGCAUCUUAGGCAAAGGCUAAUUGUUCCUAAAACUUCUGGGUUGUUAACGACAAAAUGAAAAUGACAAAAUAUUAUUUUGCUUAUCAUAUGCAUGCUUUUAAAUGUAUAGCUACUUUGUUGCACGUGCGUAACGUGGUAAGCUGGACUUUUUGUGCCCUGUCUAUCGAGCGCAAAAUGAGAGGCGGCGCUUUACAUCCACGAAUGAUGUGUAGAGCUCUAACAGAGAUUCGAGCCAAAACGACAUGAGCAUGUGCCAUGGAGUGCACAGAGACCAGUCAUGGACCAACUGGUUUUAUUUGAAAACUUAUGGAGGGGACCUUUCUUCGCCACAAAGACUUUUUAAGGAAGGUUGUUCAUGAAUAGACAAAUAUUGAUGUGGCAGGUAAGUUUUUGAAGAGCUUAUUUGACUGACGUUUGUAUACAUGGAAAUAAAACCUAUCCAUCUUUUGGAACUCGUAAAAGUCUGGAGCGCACGACAUGAGGAACCCGUGCCAAACCCAACAUGAAAAACUUUCACGAUCUUGUGGUCGCUGUCACGUAGGGGUUGAAAAACACUCAUGAAGAUCCAAGUGGAUAAGCUGCUGUUAUCCCUUACAUGUGUACAGUAAUUUGGAGACACCCUGCUCCCGGGCGCAGGAUGAAGGUGUGUAACCGUGGAGCGCAGAUGCUCGUGACCACGGCGGGGGCUUUCGCGGCCUUCAGUCUGAUGACCAUCGCCGUCGGGACGGAUUACUGGUUAUACUCGCGUGGUGUGUGCAGGUCCAAAAGCGCGAAUGAUAACGACACGAACCGGAAAAAUGAAGAGGUGCUCACGCAUUCAGGGCUCUGGAGACAGUGCUGCAUGGAAGGCGUAUUCAAAGGGGUUUGUAAGAACAUUGAUCAUUUUCCAGAGGAUGCAGAUUAUGAACAAGAUGCUGCAGAAUAUCUAUUGCGUGCUGUGCGUGCCUCUAGUCUUUUCCCUAUACUGAGUGUGGGACUGCUGUUCAUUGGUGGAGUUUGUGUAGCUGCUAGUGAGUUCUACAAGAGCCGACACAAUGUUAUCCUGUGCGCGGGAAUCUUUUUUGUCUCGGCUGGUCUAAGUAACAUAAUUGGGAUUAUCGUGUAUAUUUCGUCCAACGCUGGUGACCCAAACCAGAGCGAGUCGAAGCGCAGUCACUGGUACGGCUGGAGCUUCUACUGCGGCGCGCUUUCCUUCAUCGUAGCGGAGACGGUGGGCGUCCUCACCGUGCACUUGUUCAUCGAUACGCACCGCGUGCUCAGAGCGCGUUCACAUCGCACGCUCCAACUCAGCACUCAUUCCCUGCAGCAACGGCGAUCGACCAGCUACCGUUCCCGUUAUCGCUGGAGGCAGGGGCAAAAUCGUUCAUCCGACUCCCGGUCGCGCGAGCCUUCACCUGCUCGACACGGAAACGACCUCGGGUUGUACGGGCUGGGGCACGCGUCUUCAACGAAUGCAACCUACAACUCUCUUAAUACUAGCCGUGGAUUUGCGCAUUUCCACAACUCUGUCAUUGCCAACAAUACAUUUGCGAAUCCUCAUAUUUUUCCCACGCAGAACUCUGUGAAAUCAGAAAAAGGGAUUCCCAUACAAAACAAUUGGGGGUCAGAAAAGGGGGUUGGGUUUCCAAAUGCACAUGGUCAAAAUUCAAUCAAGUCUGAAAACGGAGUCAUGCUGUCACCAAACUUUAAACAGAACUCGGCGAAUCCCCGUAAAAGCCCUGUGUAUGCACAGAAUUCUGGGAUUGACAUUGUGCGCGCGCAAUGCGCAGUAAAGGAGCACUCGUAUGUUUCUCAAUGUGGAACUGCAACAAGAAGAACAACUCCAGUAUGAAAAGCACAACAUUUUUUGCUGCUACAAUAGCCUAUAUGACUAUGCAACAUGAUGGUGUAUAAAAUGUGCCCAAGGCCUUCACACGUAUAUUAUUAAUGGACUAAAUCAAGUGGAUUGACACUAAAUGGUGCUGCACUAACAGGACAAACUGCAACUUUCAUCGAUACUACUUACAAAGACUCAUUCUUAAUUUAAAAUAUGAUAAUAAAGUCAUUAAUGGAUUUUUUAACAACAUCUAUUUUUUAUCUAAUUCAGAAAUUUUAGAAAUACCCAAUGCACACAUUUUUUAUACUGUAAGUGGAUUAAACUCUACUUUUGGGUUGACAGUGCCAAAACCUGAUGUAAAAGAUGUGAUUUUAAAUGGAAGAAUACAUUCCUGACUUACUGCCAUUCAUUAUUUGUUGUAACAACCAGUCUUUCCAGAAAAACGCGGAGUUUUUUUGUGAUUGUUGCGGGCAAAGAUCCUCGAUUUUGCGGCACGUUUUCUUAAAAAAUGCGAUGGAAUAUGCGGGAAUAUUUAUGCAAUUUAUGCGAUGGAAUUUGCAAAAAUUGCGGAACUUGCAAAAACUGCGGAAACUUGCAAAAGCUGCAAUGAUGUUCACGUCACAUAAUCACGUCACUUCAUAACGUUCCCAUAGCAAUAAAGGACACGGCUGCGCUUUUGGGAAGUAAAUGCAACAUUUUUUAACUUUCUGCUAAUAUAUAUGUGACUUUUUGCUACGAAAAUGCGGAGAUUAUGAAAUCAUACAAACCCCGCAUAUUUUGUGCGCGGAAAUAUGUAAUUAAUGCGGCGAAAAAAUGCAGCCCCGCAUAAAUAUGCGGACUUUGGCUGAUUAUGCAAUAUAUCGCGCGAUCGCACAAUCGCGUUUUUCUGGAGGGACUGAACAACCGAAAUUAGUUACUUUAAUCUAAUGUGCACUCACUUGGCUAAGUGAUGAUUUAUUUUUAUUUCCUCUUGUUUUUAAAUGUACCAUCUAUUAGACAAUUUUCACACACUGACACUGAGUACAUUCAUUGAUAAAACAGAUACCCAAAAGCCACCCUGGGGUUAAGUGGAUUGAUUUUGGACACAAUGAGGACAGAACAUUAGUGACUCUCCAGUUUCUGGGUCACUAUAUCCUAUAGCUGAUUGUGAACCUUUGUGUUAGCAAUGAAGUGAUGCAUAGUUUUUUUUGCAUACACGGUAAAAAAUACUUUGGUACCUUAAAAUUUGUUGUUAAAUCAACUUAAAUUUACAAGUUAUAUCAACAGAGAUGAGGUGUCACAACUUAUAAUAUAUAGUUGAGAAAAGUCAACUUAAUUUUAUAAGUUCUAACAACUCACCUGUAGUUAUAACAACUCAUCUCUAGUUAAGAUAAAUAAUAGUAAGCUGAAAUGACUUGUAAAUCCGAGUUGAUUCAACAAAAAUUUUUAACGUAUUUUAAGUAAUUUUACGUAGCAGGAUUUUUGCCCUCCUAUAAGAUCAUUACCUUAUCACACUGUGCAACAUGUAUCGUCUAAACUCGGGUACGAGAGGCAUGUAGACUGUACAAUGAUGACACGGAAGCUUCGGCGGCAGCGUCACAUGUUGCGCAACGUCACCAGCAUGUGCUCGUGGUAAACAAAUACGGCGCGCAGGUCGUAGCAGCAAACACACUGUGCGGUGAUCAUGCCGAAUUUCUGACACUGUCAGAAAACUAUCGUAGGCUAUCUUUGGACGCAAGACCGGUAAAAAAACGGCCGUCUUUGAACCUCUCUCA